AUGACUGCAAUUCCUGAUCGAGGAUAUAAGUAUAUAUUUCAUAUUAGAGAUUAUUUUACCCAUUUCUCAUAUGCUGAACUAGCACAGUCUAAGUCAGCUGAAGAAGCUGCUACAUCUUUUCUUAACUUUUGCUUUAUGUAUGAUUCUCCGGUGAUUUUACAUACAAAUAAUAGAGGAGAGUUUAUUGGAAGCACUUUUAAAGAUAUACUAAGUUUCUGGCUAACAAUUAAAGGACUUGUAGAAAAAGGGAAUGAUAUAUUACAAGUAAAGUUAGGUGCAUGUAUGGAAGAAACAGAAAAUAGCAAUAAUAAUUAUGAUGAUGAAGAGUCAGAACCAGAUAUUAGUAAUAGUUCUGAUUUAGAAAGAUACAAUUCAGAUGACUCUAAUUUAAAUAGCUUAGAAUAUUUUACAUAUAAUGAUGAUGAUUACGAUAAUUACAAUCAUGAUAAUUAUGAUAAUAAUUAUUACGAUCUUAAUAAUUACGAUUACAAUAAUUACAAUCAUGAUAAUUAUGAUAAUGAUAAUUAUGAUCUUGAUAAUUAUGAUCAUGAUAAUUAUAUCAAUGAUAAUUACAAUCAGAAUAACUAUGAUUAUAAUUAUGAUAAUUACGAUCAUAAUAAUCAAGAAAUUAUUGAAAUUAGUGAUACAGAAUCAAAUGAAUGCUUUACCUAUUAA